AUGGCGCUUUCGAAUCGAGAUAUCCACUUCACAUCGACGAAUGUGCAUUGCCCGGAGAAGGCCUCAGUCUACACAGCCUGUCAUGCCUCGGACGUUUGCGACAACAUUUGCUCGAGGAUGCUGAUUGCAAUCGCGUUAUUUGCGACAAUAUUGCCUCUUCCACGCCGGUAG